GCACGAGCAAAUACAAGCAAUGGGAGCAGUGCGAGGCAGCCGGAAGAAGGACGACGGGUUUGUAUCCAAAUCGGAGUCGGAUGUGGGGCGGAAGGCGUCGACGUCGGUGGCCAAGAGUCUCUUUGAGUCAAUGGACACGGCCGACGCAAGGAACGCUGCUUCUACUGCAUCUGCAGCAGCCGAGACGAGGGUGACGAAGCGCGAGUUGAAGAAACAAGUGGAUGACGCCAUCGACGACCGCAACGACCCAGGUGAUAUAAACGAUGACGAUCAGGACAAGCCCAAGGCCGCGGUGGCGGCGGUAUUUCAGUCGCCCAAGGUGAAGCGGGAGUCAACUGCGGACACGGCGUCGACAUUUGGCAGUCAAUCCACAACCCCCGUCACCCCGAGCAGCCUCCACGACGACUUUAUCAACUUGAUGAAGGCGCAAGGCCUCGAGCGCAUGGCAACCGACGCAGGGUUGCUCAAAGAUGGCCAAUUCCGCGACCUCAAGCGUGAAUGGGGAGAGAGCAUCAACACGAGCUCCACAACGUCGUCGUCGUCGCCGUUUAUGAACGAAGUCCAUGGCGCGUCCACCCCCAAGAAGAAGAAGCCGCGAUCGACGUCCACCACGCCCGUGUCCGACAAGGGCAGCAAAGGCCUGCGCCAUUUUAGCAUGAAAGUGUGCCAGAAAGUCGAGGAAAAGCAUGUAACAACGUACAACGAAGUCGCAGACGAGCUAGUCCAUGAGUUCGUGACCAUGCGACCCGCCGAGUCUGUGAACUACGACGAGAAGAACAUUCGGCGCCGCGUAUACGAUGCAUUGAAUGUGCUCAUGGCCAUGGAUAUCAUUUCAAAGGAGAAAAAAGAGAUCCGAUGGCGCGGAUUGCCGUCCAACGCCAAGCAAGACCUGGAACUGCUGCAGAUGGAAAAUGCCCAACGAGCAAAAAGCGUCGAGCAAAAGAAGCAGCAGCUGCAGGAGUUGCUCCUUCAGCAAAUCGCGUUAAAGAACCUCAUUCAACGCAACAAGCAAGUGGAUAAACCGUCUGCACUCUGUCGCAUUUCGCUGCCGUUUAUAUUGGUCAACACGUCCAAGGACACGAUCAUCCAGUGCGAAAUGAGCGAAGACCGGCAGGAUAUCUUCUUUAACUUUAGCGGGCCGUUCGAGAUCAACGACGACAGCGAGAUCCUCAAGCGAAUGAACUUGCACCAUGUCGCAGAGGCCGACGCGGCCACCCACAUCCCAGAGAAACUGAUCCGAUACCUUCCCCCCGACUACCUUGUAUAACACUCGUCGUUGAUCCUUCAUGGCCUAACACGACGGCAAGAAUGGGGCCAUAUAAUGCACAUGGAACGAACGCCUUAAUA